GUGCCGUGCCGUGCUGUGCCGCUCGGCUCCGCUCCUCUCCGCACCGCGCCGCGCCGCCGGGGGGCCGAGCGGCGUGUCCACCUGCCGGCCCCGCCGCCCGUCAGUCCCGCCAUGGCGCUCGGCGGGGUCGGUCGCGGCGGCGCGGCGCGGGCCGCCUGGCCGCGGCUGCUGGUGGCGGCGGCGGCGGCGGCGCUGGCGCUGGCGGGGCCGGCGCUGCCCGAGGUGCUGUUCCGCUGCCCUCCGUGCACGGCGGAGCGCCUGGCCGCCUGCCCCCCGGCCGCCCGCCCGCCCUGCCCCGAGCUGGUGCGAGAGCCGGGCUGCGGCUGCUGCCCGGUGUGCGCCCGCCUGGAGGCCGAAGCGUGCGGCGUCUACACGCCGCGCUGCGCCGCCGGCUUGCGCUGCUACCCCGACCCCGGCGCCGAGCUGCCCCUCCAAGCCCUGGUGCAGGGGCAGGGCACCUGCGCCCGCCGCCGCGACACGGCCGAGUACGGCGCCAGCGCCGAGCGCCCGGCAGAUAAUGGCGAUGACCGAUCUGAGAGCAUCCUUGCCGAGAACCACGUGGAUGGCACCCCAGGGAUCCUGAGUGGAGCUGGUGGGAGGAAGCCCAUCAAGACGGGCAUGAAGGAGCUGGCGGUGAUGAGGGAGAAGGUGAAUGAGCAGCAGCGGCAGAUGGGCAAAGUCAGCAAGGCCCAUCACAACCACGAGGACUCGAAGAAGUCGCGGCUGUCGACGGGCAGGACCCCUUGUCAGCAGGAGCUGGAUCAGGUCCUGGAACGUAUCUCCACUAUGCGGCUGCCGGAUGAGCGAGGUCCACUGGAGCACCUCUACUCCCUCCACAUCCCCAACUGUGACAAGCAUGGCUUGUACAAUCUCAAACAGUGUAAGAUGUCGGUGAACGGGCAGCGGGGCGAGUGCUGGUGUGUGGACCCCAUCCACGGGAAGGUGAUCCAGGGCGCACCCACCAUCCGCGGGGACCCCGAGUGCCACCUCUUCUACACAGCCCACGAGCAGGAGGACCGGGGAGCACAUGCCCUACGGAGCCAGUAGACGGACGUGAUCCUGCUUGCUGGAGGCAGUUCACCAUGGCCCCGGUGCUGGAUUUUACAGAGGUUUCAGCGUGUCUCUUUAGGCUCUGGAAGAGACUGGGGUUGUGUCCUGUGUGCUGACCUCCUUCUACUGCUGCCUGGCUCCUGGGGAGGGGAGGGACAAUGGGAAGGGAAGGGCGGUGGGGGGGUUGCAAGGAGAAGGGACUGCUUUCCUAUAGCCUUUCACCCAACAUAAGCCAGAGAACCGGUCUUUUUUUGCUCCUCGCCCUGUGGCCCUGCCCUCCCUGCUGCUUUGUGGCAUCUUCCCGCACCCUCCAGCACAGAGCAUUGUGUGCUUCCCAAUACCUCCCAGGGGACAAAACCCCUUGCCAUGGGUGGGAGGGGGCCAAAAAGCAAAGGAAAACAAAACACCCUUUCCCCCCUUCUUUCCCUCCUUUCCCCAAGACCAAAGACUGUAAAUACUGUGUCUCCUGCCUCUUCUGUCCUGCUGGUCCCCUGUGGCCCAGCCAUCAGUCCUGGUGUGGGAUGCAGUCUGGGAGGGGGGAAGAAAGGGAAGGAGGAAAGCCCCCGGCUAGAACAUGCAUCCCCUAAUGAGUCAUCAUCAAGGGAAAAAGUUAAGGAUGAGGCAGCCCAAGCCUUUAAAUACCCCUGGGUGCUGCCAUUCCCAGUGCUGGGGCACAGCCAGGCCUACAGGGACCCAGCUCCAGUCGCUGGUCCAGGAGGAUGUGGCCUCUGGGUGAUGGUGAAGCUAAAAGCUUGGUUUUCCAAGGGAUUUGAAGGGCUAUUGCCCAGAAUUCCUUAGAAUAAGCUUAUGCAGAGGGAGCUAAAGUGAACUUGUUGGGGCUGCUUGGAAGGAUGCCUGUGUAGAUUUAGGACAAGCCAGGGAGUGUCUGUCUCUCUUUCUUUCUCUCUCAUGCAUUCUUUUUUUGUAGAUAGGAAAAAAAAAAAAAAAUCUAAAACCUGCACUCCCAAGCAGCUGCCUUUGUCCCUCCAUUUUUGCUUGGGACUGGGGUGAGCAUCUGCUAUUCAGCACACACUUUUUCUUCUUCCUUUUGGUUUUUUUUUGGUAAGUAAUUUACAGUGUAUAUCUUGCUUUGUAAAGGGCCUGACACACACAUGCCCCCCCUGCUCACACACGUCUGUGUAGAUUAAAUCCAAGGAAUUCCAGGUGCUCUGAGAGGUUUUGUGCUGGACAUGCUGCUCAGAGGAGAGAUGUUUCUUUGCUGUUAUUUCACCUGUUGAUUUCGUUCUGUACAUAACACAAUGACCAUGAGAAUAAGUAACUUCCCUGUUGCCUAAGCAAGGAGAUUUUUUUUUUAUUUUCUUCCUUUAUUUGUUUGUUUGCUUUCAUUUUUUUAAUAUGGAUACCAUUUUCAGAUCAAUUGUGAAAAUCUUAUCCUUGCAGAAAAAGUCUCAGGCUUUCCUUAAAUGAAAUGGGGGUGGGGGGAGGGGGAGAAUAAAGCAUCUCCUAAUUUCUGGUAAAAGCUUCUGAGUAGCAAACAGCCUCCAGGUCCCAGGUCCCUCUGGGGAGCAUGGUUGAACAGGGUGGUGGAAGGAGGAAGGACUUCAAACUGGAUGAGGAAAAGCAAAAUCCCAAUAGGCUCUGUCAGAAGGGGAGAGCUGGAGUUUGUUGCUUUUUCCUCUCUUCUUGGCCCCACAUUUCAGAUCCCAAGUGCAAAGGGCACAGGUGGUCUCUGCAAAUUAAGCCCCUCAUGAUUUUUCAGGGGUUUGGAUGUGGCAGUGGAGGAGACAGGGCAAGGAGCCCCUUUGGAAAGUUUGGAGUGGGGGUGUGUGCACGUGGAUGUGUAUGAGAGGGAGUGAGAGCAUGUGAGAAAUGAAACACACCUGCAUGCAAAGCCAAGUAACUGUAAAAAUGCUACCUGUUUUCUGUUAACAUCUGAGGGUGUUCUGCUUUUUCAUGUAAACCUUUGCACAUGCUGGCUCACAUCUGCAGUUUGUACUUUUUGUUUUGUUUAGGAAUCAGAAAGUUUGUGUUUUUCUCUUUUGGAAAAGCUGAGUUGCAUAAAGUUGGAAUAAAUUAAAUGGGAUGCCAGAAAA